GACGGCACAGCAGCUGGAAGGCGCUCCAGAGGCUGCAGGAGGAGCACACGUUCGUUCUCCAGGCAAAGAGGUGUGACACAGAGGAAAGUGGUUGGACGUUAAACCAUGGCCAUGUCAGCUGACACCAUUGAGCUGCCGGCUCUGGGCCGCCCGUUCCAGCUGGGGAUGUUGUACGACUGCCGCAGCGACUCCCUCAUCCCAGGCAUCACUUUAUGGGACCUGGAGACACUUCAAAAUCAUGUAGACACAAAACCACAAUCCAAGACUGAACUUCAGAUUGUUGCAUCUGAUGCCACUGAAGACAAGGCCUCUGCCCUCAGUGUCACAGCAUCGCUGAACGCCAGUUUCCUGUCUGGCCUGGUGGAAGUGAAUGGAGCCGCAGAAUAUUUAAGUGAUACCAAGACAUCAAAACAUCAAGCCCGUGUUUCUCUCCAGUACUCAACUACAACACAGUUUAAGCAGCUGACCAUGAGCCAUUUAGGGCACCAUAAUAUCUCUUACCCUGAUGUGUUUGACCAAGGCACGGCCACCCACGUGGUCACGGCUGUGCUGUACGGGGCGCAGGCUUUUUUUGUCUUUGAUCAGGACGUUUCUUCAUCUGAGAACAUGCAAGACAUACAGGGAAAACUCCAGGUUAUCAUUAAAAAGAUACCCCUGGUUUCCAUCGAAGGGAAAGGAUCUCUCAAAAUGGAUGACACGGAAAAAGCACAAGCUGAAAAACUUAGUUGUAAGUUUUAUGGUGAUUUUGCUCUUCAGAACAAUCCAGUUACUUACCAAGAUGCCAUGAAAACCUAUUCCACUCUCCCGAAGCUGCUGGGUGACAGUGGGGAGAAGGCCGUACCAGUGAGAGUCUGGCUGUACCCGCUGACCAAGCUGGAUUCCAGAGCGGCUCAGGUCGUGCGUGAGAUCAGCACAGAACUGAUCUUUGAUGUUCAAACCGCCCUGGAGCAACUGACAGAAUUAGACAUGCGAUGCAAUGAUGCAUUGAAGAAUCCAAUUGCCUCAACCUUCCCCGAAAUCAAGAGUAAAAUCCAGCAAUUCAAAGAUAUCUGUAAGCAACACAGACAGACAUUCCAGAAACAGCUAGCAGGACUCUUACCCUCCAUUCGUGGAGGUGGAGAAGAGGAAGGGGCCCUGGUGGACGUUUUAAUCUGCAAAAACCGAUCACUGUUCAAUACCCAGCAACUCAAUGAAUUUCUGGAUAAAAAGGAACGAGAAAUGAAUUUUGUCAAAACCUAUAUUUCUGCCAUAAAGGAUGUGGAAGUAGUGUCCUCCCAGAAUAAACUGGAUGAAAUAGUAGUUGAUCUUAAGAAUGACUUUGUUGUCUCCUUUAUGUUCACUUCAUUACAUGAAGAGGAACCAUAUUUAUCAGAUUUAAAACUCUACCUUCAGACCCAGUUUAUGAAGAAUACCCAAGAUCCUGCAUCAGUCAGUUAUGUCAGCGACAAAUCCAAACUGUGGUUUGAGGACAAACAGAGGAAAGAAAAUGUCCGAAAAUCUGCAAAAUCCAUUUCAGACUUUGCCCGUGUCAAUAAAUCUAAUGGGAAGACUCGAUUCAUUGUGGCCUCGGUCCCAGACAAGGACAAUCCGGGAGCUUCAAUUUACCUCUAUGAAAAUGGAGACCUGGUCAGCACUAACUAUGAACCUCCAUCAAAACCUCUUCCUCUCCUGAUAGAUGGAGUCAGAAAUGACCAUGUGCAUCUCACGUUUAAACCAGCAGCCUUUGGGAGAAAGGAGAUAUCUUGCUAUCUGGUGGAGUACAGAAUGGUAGGGCAGGAGAACUGGAUGGCUGUGGAUGUAAAUAACACACAAGAGACAUUCACAGUAACAGGGCUACGUCCAAACACCAAGUACCAGUUCCGAUACACGGCAGUGAGCAAACCAGGGCUCAGCGAGAGCAGCGACAUGAGUGAUCCUGUGAAGACUCUUCCCCCUAUCAGCCCUCCUGGGAAGCCAGAAAAAGUUACUGUAGAAUCAUCAGCCAUCACUCUCACCUGGAAGAGUCCAAGUGUCAUUGGAGAUGGAGUCAGUAUAAGGGCAUAUAAGGUGGACUAUAAAGAGGAAGCUGGAGGUGAGCAGAAAGACAAAUGGCUGGAACGAAGGACAGGAGAGAGAACAGAGUUCUGUACCAUUGGUGGACUGAGGCCUGAGACUCCCUACAGAUUCCGGGUGUCGGCUGUGUGUGCGGAUGGGGCUGUGAGUGCCCCAAGUGAGGAGGUUAUUGUUUCAACACAAAGAAAAGAAGAAUCAAAUAAAUUAGCAGACUUUCUGCGCAAAAAGAGCAAGCUCAUAAAAAAAGGGCAGCCGUCAGUCUAUGCCCUUCCAUUAGACAAGAUAGCAUUAGGUCCUAUGUCAUCUUAUCUGAAGUGCAGACUUGGAGAAAAGACACAUCAUGUCUCUAAAAAAGUGAUUAUGGUGAUGGGAGCAACUGGGUCAGGGAAAACUACACUCAUCAAUGGGAUGAUCAACUAUGUCCUGGGUGUGCAGUGGAAAGAUGAAUUCAGAUUCAAACUAAUCCAUGAAACUACAAACAGAAGCCAAGCCCAGAGCCAGACAUCUGAAGUGACUGCCUACGAGGUCAAUUGCAAGGAGGGCUUCAAAGUCCCUUAUUCCCUGACUAUAAUAGACACCCCGGGAUUUGGUGAUACUAGAGGAAUUGAACAUGACAUAAAGUUAACUGAGCAAAUCAGAGCAUUUUUUUCCACUCCAGGGGCCAUUGAUCAAAUAGACGCCGUCUGCUUUGUAGUUCAAGCCUCCUCAGCUCGUUUGACACACUCCCAGAAGUAUGUGUUUGACUCAGUGCUCUCCAUUUUUGGGAAGGAUAUAAAAGACAAUAUACAAAUCCUGAUCACCUUCGCAGAUGGACAGACGCCCCCUGUCCUGGAGGCCAUUAACGCGUCUGAGGUGCCUUGUACUAAAGAUGCUCAGGGUGUCCCUGUUCAUUUCAAAUUCAACAACUCCGCACUGUUUGCCAGCAAUGCUGGAGCUGGCAAGGGCAGCUGUAAUUUUGAUGCAAUGUUCUGGGAAAUGGGAGCUAGCAGCAUGGAGACUUUUUUUAAGUCCUUAAGAUCUUUAAAGACUAAAAGUUUAACAUUAACCCAGGAAGUUCUCAGAGAGCGGAAGGAGCUGGAGACGGCCGUGCAAGGGCUGCAGCCGCAAAUCAAAGCUGGCCUGACCAAGCUAGAGGAGCUAAGACAGACUGAGCGAGCUCUGGAACAGCAUAAGGGUCAUAUGGAGGCCAAUAAAAACUUUGAGUACGAGGUAGAACGAACAGUGGCAGUGAAAGAAGACAUCAGUGGCACAGGUUUGUUUCUAACAAACUGCCAGGUGUGUCACUUCACAUGUCACGAUAACUGUAUAUAUGCUGAUGAUAAAGACAAGUACAAAUGUUGGGCUAUGGACAGUUCUGGAAAGUGCAGGAUUUGUCCUGGUAAAUGUGUGUGGAACGUUCACUUCAAUCAACAGUACAAGUGGGGAUAUGAAGUCAAAAAAGAGAAAAAAACCUAUGCAGAGCUGCAGGAAAAGUACAAAAAGGCCUCUGAUGAGGUGAUGACGACAGAGAAGGUUUUUGAGAGGCUGUGUGAGGAAUACACUAGAGUAGAAGUUAUAGUACUAAAGCUCAUUAAGAGAUCAUCUCUCAGCCUCCAACGCCUGCAAGAAAUUGCCUUAAAACCAAACCCACUGUCCACUCCGGAAUACAUUGACCUGAUGAUCAUGUCAGAAGAGCAGGAAGUGAAGCCUGGGUCCCUGGGACGCAUAAAAUCGCUGAAGGAGGUGAGAGAACAGGCUGUGAUAAUAACCAAGAUCGCCAAUAAAGAGGAACUGCUGCCAGCAGAGAAGGAAAAGUACAGGAAGCAUGGAACACAAGAGAUGGGAAUCAUGAAUUUUGGCAAGAAGCUCAAAGAAGGGUAUAAUAUGGCAAGAGAUUGGUGGUCUGAUGGAAAAUAG